UGCCUGCCGGGAUACUCGGCCCGCCCAGCCAGUCCUCCCGUCUUGCGCCGCGGUCGCGAGAUCCGCGUUUCUCCCAAGAUGGUGGCGCUGGGCUCGGGGUGACUACAGGAGACGACAGGGCCUUUUACCCAUCGCCAGGAUCCCGACGCAUCACACUUCGCUCGCUCGCGCACCCUGCCACCGCGUAGUUAUCUGCCGACCCGGGCGCCUGCCACCCGCUCCGACUUACGCUUCACCUCUACCGACCCCGGUCGCGGGCAGCGGCGCCACCCUCAGCUCCUCCUCUCAGUAGCUCGCGGCCUGUAGCCCCUGCCAGGAGGGCCUCGCAGCCCCCCAGUGUGGACAGACAGCGGCGGCUAGCGACGAGUGCCGGGUUUUCGGCGGCCUAGGCUCCCCGUUUCCCGGCCUCGGUUUCCAGAGAAGGAAGCGCGGGUCCCGCAUGAGCCCCGGCGGUGGCGGCAGCGAAAGGGAACGAGGCGGUGGCGGGCGGAGGCGGUGGGCGAGGGCGACGACGACCAGUGAAGCGGCCGCAGCUGCGAGGGCCGCAGCCCAGGCGCGGGGGCGACGACAGGUUAAAAAAUCUGUAAGAGCCUGAUUUUAGAAUUCACCAGCUCCUCAGAAGUUUGGCAAGAUAUGAAUUAUUAAACCUACGCUCAGAUCAAGUUAGCAGCUAGACUGGUGUGACAACCUGUUUUUAAUCAGUGACUCAAAGCUGUGAUCACCCUGAUGUCACCGAAUGGCCACAGCUUGUAAAAGAUCACCAGGAGAACCUCAGUCUGACAACAUUGAAGCUAGCCGAAUGAAGCGAGCAGCUGCAAAGCAUCUAAUAGAACGCUACUACCACCAGUUAACUGAGGGCUGUGGAAAUGAGGCCUGCACGAAUGAGUUUUGUGCUUCCUGUCCAACUUUUCUCCGUAUGGAUAACAAUGCAGCAGCUAUUAAAGCCCUCGAGCUUUAUAAGAUUAAUGCAAAACUCUGUGAUCCUCAUCCCUCCAAGAAAGGAGCAAGCUCAGCUUACCUUGAGAACUCGAAAGGUGCCCCUAACAACUCUGAGAUAAAAAUGAACAAGAAGGAAGGAAAAGGAGCUAGGAUUGAUUUUAAAGAUGUGACUUACCUAACCGAAGAAAUAGUGUAUGAAAUUCUUGAAUUAUGUAGAGAGAGAGAGGAUUAUUCCCCUUUAAUCCGUGUCAUUGGAAGAGUUUUCUCUAGUGCUGAGGCAUUGGUACAGAGCUUUCGGAAAAUGAAACAGCACACCAAGGAAGAACUGAAAUCUCUUCAAGGAAAGGAUGAAGACAAAGAUGAAGAUGAAAAAGAAAAAGCUGCAUGCUCUGCUGCUGCUAUGGAAGAAGAUUCAGAAGCAUCUUCCUCAAGAAUAGGCGAUAGCUCACAGGGAGACAAUAAUUUACAAAAAUUAGGCCCGGAUGAUGUGUCUGUAGAUAUUGAUGCUAUUCGAAGAGUCUAUACCAGAUUGCUCUCUAAUGAAAAAAUAGAAACUGCCUUUCUCAAUGCACUUGUGUAUUUGUCACCUAAUGUAGAAUGUGACUUGACAUAUCAUAAUGUGUACUCCCGAGAUCCUAAUUAUCUGAAUUUGUUCAUUAUUGUAAUGGAGAAUAGAAAUCUCCACAGUCCUGAAUAUCUGGAAAUGGCAUUGCCAUUAUUUUGCAAAGCAAUGAGCAAGCUACCCCUUGCAGCCCAAGGGAAACUGAUUAGACUAUGGUCUAAAUACAGUGCAGAUCAGAUUCGGAGAAUGAUGGAAACAUUUCAGCAACUUAUAACUUACAAAGUCAUAAGCAAUGAAUUUAACAGUCGAAAUCUAGUGAAUGAUGAUGAUGCCAUUGUUGCUGCUUCAAAGUGCUUGAAAAUGGUUUACUAUGCAAAUGUAGUGGGAGGAGAAGUGGACACAAAUCAUAAUGAAGAAGAUGAUGAAGAGCCCAUCCCUGAGUCUAGUGAAUUGACACUUCAGGAGCUUUUGGGAGAGGAAAGAAGAAACAAGAAAGGUCCUCGAGUGGACCCAUUGGAAACUGAACUUGGUGUUAAAACUCUGGAUUGUCGAAAACCACUUAUCUCUUUUGAAGAGUUCAUUAAUGAACCACUGAAUGAUGUUCUGGAAAUGGAUAAAGAUUAUACUUUUUUCAAAGUAGAAACAGAGAACAAGUUCUCUUUUAUGACAUGUCCCUUUAUAUUGAAUGCUGUCACAAAGAAUUUGGGAUUAUAUUAUGACAAUAGAAUUCGCAUGUACAGUGAACGAAGAAUCACUGUUCUCUACAGCCUAGUUCAAGGACAGCAGUUGAAUCCAUAUUUGAGACUGAAAGUCAGACGUGACCAUAUCAUAGAUGAUGCACUUGUUCGGCUAGAGAUGAUUGCUAUGGAAAAUCCUGCAGACUUGAAGAAACAGUUGUAUGUGGAAUUUGAAGGAGAACAAGGAGUUGAUGAGGGUGGUGUUUCCAAAGAAUUUUUUCAGCUGGUUGUGGAGGAAAUCUUCAAUCCAGAUAUUGGUAUGUUCACAUAUGAUGAAUCUACAAAAUUAUUUUGGUUUAAUCCAUCCUCUUUUGAAACUGAGGGUCAGUUUACUCUGAUUGGCAUUGUACUGGGUCUGGCUAUUUAUAACAACUGUAUCCUGGAUGUCCAUUUUCCCAUGGUUGUCUACAGGAAGCUAAUGGGGAAGAAAGGAACUUUUCGUGACUUGGGAGACUCUCACCCAGUUCUAUAUCAGAGUUUAAAAGACUUACUAGAAUAUGAAGGAAAUGUGGAAGAUGAUAUGAUGAUCACUUUCCAGAUAUCACAGACAGAUCUUUUUGGUAACCCAAUGAUGUAUGAUCUAAAAGAAAAUGGUGAUAAAAUUCCAAUUACAAAUGAAAACAGGAAGGAAUUUGUCAAUCUCUAUUCUGACUACAUUCUCAACAAAUCAGUAGAAAAACAGUUCAAGGCUUUUCGCAGAGGUUUUCAUAUGGUGACCAAUGAAUCUCCCUUAAAGUAUUUAUUCAGACCAGAAGAAAUUGAAUUGCUCAUAUGUGGAAGCCGGAAUCUAGAUUUCCAAGCACUAGAAGAAACUACAGAAUAUGAUGGUGGCUAUACCAGGGACUCUGUUCUGAUUAGGGAGUUCUGGGAAAUCGUUCAUUCAUUUACAGAUGAACAGAAAAGACUCUUCUUGCAAUUUACCACGGGCACAGACAGAGCACCUGUGGGAGGACUAGGAAAAUUAAAGAUGAUUAUAGCCAAAAAUGGCCCAGACACAGAAAGGUUACCUACAUCUCAUACUUGCUUUAAUGUCCUUUUACUUCCGGAAUAUUCAAGCAAAGAAAAACUUAAAGAGAGAUUGUUGAAGGCCAUCACGUAUGCCAAAGGAUUUGGCAUGCUGUAAAACAAAAUAAAAACAAAAAAAAAAAAAAAGGAAGGAAGAAAAAAAUGAAAAAAAGAAAAACAUUUUAAUAAAUAUAAUGAGGGAUAAAUUUGGUGGUGAUAGUGUCCCGGUACAAAAAGGCUGUAAGAUAGUGAACCACAGUAGUCAUCUAUGUCUGUGCCUCCCUUCUUUAUUGGGGACAUGUGGGCUGGAACAGCAGAUUUCAGCUACAUAUAUGAACAAAUCCUUUAUUAUUAUUAUAAUUAUUUUUUUGCGUGAAAGUGUUACAUAUUCUUUCACUUGUAUGUACAGAGAGGUUUUUCUGAAUAUUUAUUUUAAGGGUUAAAUCACUUUUGCUUGUGUUUAUUACUGCUUGAGGUUGAGCCUUUUUUGAGUAUUUAAAAUAUAUAUACCAACAAAACUACUCCCCCAAGGAAAACAUUGCCACCAUUUGUAGACCAUGUAACCUUCAAGUAUGUGCUCUUUUUUGUCCCUGUAUCUAACUCAAAUCAGGAACUGUAUUUUUUCUUUUUUAAACGAUUUGCUUUUUAAACUUGAAGUCUUGGAAACAGUGUGAUGCAAGUACUGCUGUUCUAGCCCCCAAAGAGUUUUCUGUGCAAAAUCUUGGGAAUCAAUAAAGACGGAAGGGAGAACUCGUAAUGUUUUAACUGCAGCCCUCAGAACUUGACUUUAGUAACAGCACAACAAAUUAAAAACAACUCAUGCCACAGUAUGUUGUCUUCACGUGUCUUGCAAUGAAUUGUUUAAGUAGCCAAUCCUCUUUCUUAGUAUAUGAAAGGACAGGGAUUUUUUUUGUUGUUGUUGUUGUUGUUGUUGUUGUUCUUGUUGUUUUAAGUUUACUGGGGAAAGUGCAUUUGGCCAAAUGAUAUGGUAGUCAGUUAGUAAGUUUGUUUUAUUAUAAACGAAAGCAUGUGAAAGUGCACUUAAAAUAAACUUUUUAUUAAUUAUUACCUAGAUUUUAAAUAGACAAUCCAAAGUUUCCCCUUCAUGUUGCCAUCAUUUUGUUUAAUCAGCUAUUUUAUCAAGGCACACGAUCAGUGUUGCAGCGUAAUGGAAAGGAUGGCUGCUGUGCCUUGUGUUACUUAGUCAUAUAGUAAGAAGGCCUGGGAAUGAAUGGAAAUAUUACUCCUAAGAAUUACAUUGUAUAUCCCCAAAGAUUAAAUUUUACUUUAAAAAGUAAGCGUUAAAGAUUAAUUUCAUGUACUACAGAAAAGUACAGGUAGGUUUAAGUUUCUGGAUAUUUAAUGUAGUAGUUUCCCUUUUCCUAGUAUUCUGCGUCUGUGAUGUUAAUUUCUUUUAUUACAUUAUAAAAUAAAAGGAUUAUGUAUUUUUAACUAAGGAGAGACAUAUCGAUAUAUCAUUUUACUGCAAGUUACAGCUAAUGUGCUGAGCUUGUGCCUUGAUGAUUGUUUUAACUGAUUACUGGAGAUCAACCUGAUGAUUUGCUUGAAAUUGGCAGGAAAAAUACAGCUUUCAAAUCAUUGGAGGGGAAAAAGGAUGUCUUUCAGGAUUAUUUUAAUUCUUUUAGUAAUUGAGACAGAAUUGUUAUGUAUUGUAAUGCUAAAUAAAACAGUGGCAUUUUUCACCAUAGUUUAGUGGGAAAAAGAAAAUGCUUUCCAUAUUGUGAUAAGGUAACAUGGGGUUCUUCUGGGCCAGCUUAUGAGUACCCUGUUAAGGUAUUUGUACAUUACCUUGAUGCAAGGGGACCCUCAUGUGACUAUAGUCAUUUUAAAGGCCCUCUCAUCCACUGUGCUUCUUAUGUAUUGUGAAAGUGAGGAGAAAUUAAAUGCUUUGGGGACAUUUUAUAUAAUAAAUUCAUGAAGAAAUUUGUGCUCUUUAGUUCUCAAGUUUUAUUAUCACAACAGUAUUGAACUUCUACAAUUGUAAUAGCACGUCUGUAUGAAAAGUUUUAAAAUGAUAAUCAUAUAUAGGUUAUCAGAUUCAUAAUUCACAUCAAAUAGACUUAACAAGGAGUCAAAAACCAACCUAUCCUUAAAAAAUUUUUAACUAAAAAAAUGAUUGUAGAAAUUAACUGCUCUUAUUACUUAGUAAUCAAUUAUUCUGUGCAUAUUAUCACUUCUGUUAUUAUUUCCUUUUCACUAUUGAUUAUUAGAACAUCACUGAACAAUAUGUUAAGAAAGAGGAAAACAAUAUAAACUUUUAGUGUAAAAGCUACUCCCUACACCCCAGAUGUUAAAUUAUUAUAAAAGUACUUUUCUUUGAAUUGGCCCCCAAUCUCCAGGAUGCUCUUGGGUGUGUUAAAUUGUAAACUAGUUGGUUUUUAAAAUAAAAUGCAAACUUCUUUUACCUUUUAGUAUUAUUGUAGAAUAUUUCAAA